AUGGCUCAACGCGAUACCGAGAAGGUCAAACUCGAAAACGGUCGUUCCGUGAGCCCACCACCAGUGGUUGUUGACCAAGAACGCCGUACCUCGGCUGACGUCGAGAAAGUCAUUGCUCACAGUCACGAUGCCGACGAGGCGAUGAAAGCUUUCGCUCAUGGCGAGAUUAUUGAAAUCGAUGAAGCCACCAACAAACGUCUCCUUCGCAUCAUUGACUGGCAUCUCAUGCCGAUCAUGUGCGUUGUAUACGGCAUCAACUACCUUGACAAGACCACGAUUUCGUAUGCAUCGAUCAUGGGCUUGAGGACUGACCUGAGGCUUCAAGGUGACGAUUAUCAAUGGCUAGGAAGCAUGUUCUAUUUUGGCUACUUAGCCUGGGAAUGGCCGACUAGCAUCUUGUUGCAACGAUUGCCUUUAGCAAAGUAUUCCGCCUUCAAUGUCCUGAUGUGGGGCACGACUCUUGCACUCUUUGCUACUGUCAGCGGUUUCCCAGGUGCCGUCGCUGUUCGAUUCUUCCUUGGUGUAUUCGAAUCCGCUGUCACUCCAGGCUUUGCACUCUUCACAUCACAAUGGUACACUAAGAGAGAACAGGGUGCUCGCACUGGUAUAUGGUUCAGUUUCAAUGGCUUUGCGCAGAUCCUUGGUGGUCUUGUCGCAUAUGGAAUUGCUGUGGGCGCUAGAAAGCAUGGCGUCGCAAUUGAGCCGUGGAAGAUUGUGUUCCUUAUCUUCGGCCUGCUGACAGCUUGUCUUGGUGUACUUUUCUUCUUCGUCAUGCCCGACAACCAGCUAAAUGCUCGAUGGUUGAGCAAGGCUGAUCGUGUCCUCUGUGUUGCUCGAGUUCGUCAAAAUCAGCAGGGCAUCGGUAACAAGCACUACAAGACUUAUCAGCUCAGAGAGGCAUUGACUGAUCCCCUUACCUGGGCUUUCGUCUUCUACGCUCUCGUUGCGGAUAUCCCGAACGGUGGUCUCAGCAACUUUUUCUCUCAACUUAUCGUGUCUUUUGGUUAUACAGCCGAAGAAUCCUUACUGUAUGGUACACCUGGUGGUGCAGUCGAGGUUGUUGCCUUGAUCUUCUCUGGUUGGCUUGGUGACAAGAUAGGUCGAAGACUGCUUGUCAGUAUUGGUGGUAUGGCUCUUGCACUGAUUGGCAUGAUCUUGAUCGUUGCUCUUCCGUUGCAAAACAAUUCUGGCCGUCUAGCUGGGUACUACUUGACCCAAGCAUCGCCAACACCUUUUGUCGCAUUGCUCAGCUUGAUAAGUACGAAUGUGGCCGGAUAUACGAAGAAGACAACUGUCGCUGCUCUAUAUCUCAUCGCAUAUUGUGUUGGCAACAUCAUCGGUCCUCAGCCUUCCGACCCAAGGAUGCUCCUCGCUACGUUCCUGCUGAGAUCACAAUUGUUGUGUGCUAUGGGCUUUGUAUCAUCGACAUACUCUUCAUUCAUUGGUGGUGUGUACGUCAAAACAAGAUUAAGGCUCGGAAGAGGAGUGAACCAGGGUAUGUCAAGCUCGAGAAUCAAGAAUGGUUGGAUUUGA